GAAACGACCGAACAGUACCGAACCAUCCGCCUGCUGGGAAUCACGCUCGCCCGGUCAACACAUUUAUUGACCACUUCCUGCGUUAUUCUCAUCAAGACAAACCACAGCUGCCGUAAAAACUGCCCAAUAUUAACAAUAAUCAGUGAUAAUACAGUGUUUCAGUGAUAAAAACAGUUUUUAACCUAAUUUGUUAGUCUCUAGACCAUAUUGUGUAAUAGUAAUAGAAAUGCGCGUAGUAAGCGCACGAUCGUUAGGAGCCGGUGAUGCAUUACGCUAAUUAGCAUUUGUUUGGUAAAUAUUCCAAACACAACUAAUUCACGCCGACUACAGUGACAAUUGGAACAAACGUUAUACGUCCAUAUUAACAAGGAGUCUUUGUUAAAGUUCGUGCGAAAUAGAAAAUUAGAAAAAUGCCGACAACGACAAUACCCGAAAAUAUCGCUCUUCUCAACAUGAUGUCUUCAGAUAAUUAUGAUGAUGAUCUGAAGAGUGUACAGCUACACUUCCCAUCGGACAGGAGACUGCAGAGCGACGGCGCAUGCGUGGAGGAGCGGGUGAGGACUUCCCGCGGGGACAUCCUGGUGGCGGUCCGGGGGGACCGCACCAAGCGCGCCAUCCUCACCUACCAUGACCUUGGACUCAACUAUGCCGCCAAUUUUCAGGCGUUCUUCAACUUCGUCGAUAUGCGAGCUAUACUCGACAAGUUUUGCAUUUAUCAUCUCAACGCACCCGGCCAGGAGGAGGGCGCCGCUCCGCUGCCCGAGGAUUACACUUACCCGACUAUGGAUGAAUUGGCUUCCCAAAUUGAUUUCGUCCUUGGCCAUUUCGGGAUACGAUCUUUUAUUGGUUUCGGCGUCGGGGCUGGCGCCAAUAUUUUAGCGCGCUAUGCCAUGAAUAGCCCUCAAAAAGUGGAUGCUUUAGCUUUGAUUAACUGUACUUCUACUCAAGCCGGUUGGACCGAGUGGCUCUAUCAAAAGAUAAACACGAGGCAGCUGCGAUCUAGCGGGAUGACGCAGGGUGCAUUGGACUAUCUGAUGUGGCACCACUUCGGCCGCAGCACUGAAGAUCGCAACCAUGAUUUAGCGCACAUCUACAAGGAAUGUUUCGCGCAUGUGAACCCUGUGAAUUUGUCGAUGUUUAUUGAGUCGUAUCUGCGCCGCACCGAUUUGGGUAUCGCAAGGGAUUCGAAUACGAUUAAGGUUCCUGUGUUAAACAUGACGGGGGCAUUGUCGCCUCACGUUGAUGACACGGUGACAUUCAACGGGAGGCUGGAGCCGUCGAAGACGUCUUGGCUGUCGAUCUCGGACUGCGGCAUGGUGCUGGAGGAGCAACCGAGUAAGAUCGCCGAGGCGUUCAGGCUCUUCCUGCAGGGCGAGGGGUACUGCAGGUAGUCGCGUUGCCAAACGACGAAGCGAACGCAGAGCUACCCAUAUUUAAUAGUUGCACAUGUUGCUUACACGCGAGCUUUAACAACACUGUUGUAGACACAUUGAGAAUGUAGACGAAAACGUUGUUCCUUGUUUAGAUAUUUAUGGAAAUAAAUUUAUUUUACGGCUUA